UAGAUGCCUGUACCCAUCACAAGCUGUGGAUUGGCAGGCUAACUUUCUAGUCAUCUUUAAUUAAAUGCCAACAUACAACUUGGCAAAGACAUGUAUGGAAGCUGAUAUGGUUUGAGUAGAAACACGUGCAAGCACUGAGCUUUUCGUGCCUUGUUAGGAAUCUGAAAUUGUUUUGUCCAUCCCACAGAACUUGUUUCUCUUACUAUAACCUAGCCCACAUAUUCCUACCCCUCCUCCUUUCCUCGCUUUCUCCCUUUCCUUAACUGAGGAUUGAUCUCUCUUUUGUCAGCGUUGUUUUACUCUGCAGAGUUGUACUAUGAAGACCUGUGUUUCUUCCUGCUUGAAUAUGAAAUGGGCUGGAUGGGAUUAGGGGGAAGUGGCAGCUCCACCUCCCCCAUCAGUUUCAGGACUAGGUUAGUGGUGGAGAUGGAACAAAACAGACAGUGCUGGCAGCAUGACAAUAACCAGCUUUGCUGUUGCUCUAAUUUUAGGGAGCAUCCCUAUAGUGGACUGCUUUGAUAAGUCUUCCACCUCACCCAUUUAUCACCUUUUUCAACAUCAUCAGUCACUUCGCAAGGCUCUUCAACCUGGCCAGCAACCUCAACCCCACCUGCCAGUUCAUCACCAUCACACAGGCUGUCCAAAAUACAAAGGCAAAGAGGGCUCUAUAGGUGACUAUAUCAAUGUAACUGAGUUUGGUGCAGAUUGUUUAAACUGGGUUGAAAUUCCUACUUUCUUGGAGAGGACACCUGGGAAAGGACUAGGUGAUCACAACUUCUGCAGGAACCCAGAUGGGAGGAGUAAGCCUUGGUGCUUCUUCAGGAACAACCAUGGCAGAGUUGACUGGGGAUACUGCGACUGCAAACAAGGGUCAGUGCGUCUGCGGGGGAGCCAGAAAAGUGAGUCAGAGGGAAGUAUAGUAGAAGUCUAUAUGAAUGGUGCCUGGGGAACGAUCUGCAGCGGCCAGUGGGAUGAUAAUGAUGCAUCAGUCAUAUGUCGUCAGCUUGAACUUAGCAAUAAAGGGGAAGCAAAGAAGAUACCAUUAUCUGGGGUGAUUCCAUCUUUUUGGAAUGAUGUACGUUGCCGCGGUGAUGAAGAAAAUAUACUUCUUUGCGAAAAAAACAUCUGGCAGGGUGGAAUGUGUCCACAGGACCUAGCAGCUGCAGUUACAUGUAGUCUCACACACGCUACAGACUCUUUCAUACCCACUCGACUGGUGGGUGGGAGCUCUCCUUUUGAAGGAAGGAUAGAAGUCUAUCAUUCUGGCCAAUGGGGCACGGUAUGUGAUGACCAGUGGGAUGAUGCAGAUGCUGAGGUGGUCUGCAGACAGCUAGGACUUGGGGGUUUUGCUAAAGCCUGGAGUCAGGCUCAUUUUGGAGAAGGAAGAGGUCAAAUUCUUCUGGAUGAGGUACAGUGCACGGGAAAUGAGCUGUCUAUAGAGGAGUGUCAACGAAGUUCAUGGGGGGAGCACAACUGUGGACAUAAGGAAGACGCAGGCGUUUCCUGUACACCAAUUGCAGAUGGCGCCAUUAGACUAGCAGGGGGUAAAGGGAACUUUGAAGGACGCCUGGAAGUGUUCCACAAUUCACAGUGGGGGACGAUAUGUGAUGAUGGGUGGACAGAGCUGAAUACACAAGUUGUAUGCCAUCAACUGGGAUAUAAACAUGGGAAGAUUUUACUGGAUAAUGAUUUAGAAGAGAGCAGUAGUGUCAUCUGGCUGGAUGACGUCACCUGUACAGGCAAAGAGCCCACGCUCACCCAGUGUAGCAAGAACGACUGGGGCAAGAAUGACUGCAGUCACCAGGAAGAUGUCCACAUAGUGUGUUAUCCAGAUAUUGACCAGCACAGGACAUUAUCUGGUCCUCCUCUGAGGUUGAUGGAUGGUGAAACAAAGAAAGAGGGGCGUGUGGAGAUUUAUCUCAAUGGUCAGUGGGGGACAAUCUGUGAUGAUGGAUGGACCGAUAAGGAUGCGUCUGUUGUGUGUCGGCAACUUGGCUACAAAGGUCCUGCAAAGGCCAGGAACAUGGCUUAUUUUGGAGAAGGUAAAGGGCCGAUUCAUGUGGAUAAUGUUAAAUGUACCGGAAAUGAAAGAUCCUUGGCAGACUGUAUCAAGGAAGAUAUUGGAAAGCACAACUGUCGUCAUAGUGAAGAUGCCGGAGUGAUCUGUGAUUAUUUAAGCAAGAAAACGACAGCUGUAGGACUUAAAGAAUCCACCGCUGUAUGUGGGGUGCGGUUAUUACAUCGUCGUCCCAAACGUAUUAUCGGUGGGAGGAAUUCUUUACGGGGUGGCUGGCCCUGGCAGGUUGCUCUGCGGCUGAAAUCUUCUCACAGUGAUGGAAGGUUGUUAUGUGGAGCCACACUCAUUAGCAGCUGCUGGGUGCUCACUGCUGCUCAUUGUUUUAAGAGGUAUGGUAACAAUACUCGCAAUUAUGUGAUAAGAGUGGGAGAUUAUCACACACUUGUUCCUGAGGAGUAUGAGGAGGACAUGGGAAUCCAACAGAUCAUAAUACACAAAGAUUACAGACCUGAUGGAAGUGACUAUGACAUUGCUCUCAUAAGACUAUAUGGAUCUUCAGAACAGUGUGUACCAUUCAGCACCCAUGUCUUACCAGCCUGUUUACCAAUGCGACGAGAAAGACCUCAAAAAUCAGCAUCAAACUGUUAUAUCACAGGAUGGGGCGAUACAGGUCGGGCGUAUUCAAGGACUUUACAACAAGCUGGAGUGACAUUGCUACCCAAGCGAAUCUGUGAAGAGCGCUACAGAAGUCGGUUUACAGGAAGAAUGCUUUGUGCAGGAAGUCCUCCAGAACAGAAGCAUGUAGACAGUUGUCAAGGGGACAGUGGUGGCCCAUUGGUCUGUGAACGUAACGGAGGCAGCUGGGUAGUCUUUGGAGUUACUUCUUGGGGCUAUGGAUGUGGGAUGAAGGACUCUCCUGGAGUAUACACAAAAGUGGCUUCUUUUAUACCAUGGAUAAAGAGUUUGACCAAUUUAUAGAACCCAGAAGACUUCAAAUGUUUCCAAGGAAGCUAGACCAAAUUCUCAUGUAUGUUAUAUUGACAACAAGGCACUGAGGAGCUAGUAUAACAUAAUGUUUCUACCUGUGUACAAAUAGUAUUAGCUGAAUCGUGUGGAUGAAAUUACCUUAAGGGGACUUUAGGAAGGCAAUGACAAGUAGCAGCCAAACAAUUGGACUAUUAUAAUGAUACUGCCUUGGGCAGCAAGUUUUGAAUCGAAAGUAAAAAAAUAAAAAAA